AGUAGCAUCAUGAGUUACAAUUGCAUUCAAAAAGGAAUUAUUACUUAUAUCUAUUUAGAAAAUUUUGUAACUUAUAAUAAAGUUACCAUAAAGCCUGGUAGGAAUUUAAAUGUUAUUAUUGGUCCUAAUGGCACUGGCAAAUCAACAAUUGUUUGUGCCAUUGUUCUUGGUUUGGGAGGUAAACCUACCACAAUUGGUCGUGCCACUCAUGUUGCGGAUUAUGUAAAGGUAGGAUGUGAAGAAGCAAAGAUUGAAAUUCAUCUUACCAAUGGAAAAAAGAAUGAUAUUGUCAUUCGAAGAGAAUUUAAUAUACUUGGAAAUACUCGAUGGUUUCUUGAUGAUAGACUCUCAAAUAGUAAAGAAGUACAAGAGUUAACAAAAAGUUUGAAUAUUCAGGUGGAUAAUCUUUGUCAAUUCCUUCCACAAGAUAAAGUACAAGACUUUUCCAAAAUGAAUGCACAAGAAUUGUUAGAAAAUACAGAAAGAUCAGUUGGUGAUCCUAUAGUAUUAGAAAAUCAUAAAAAUUUGAUACAGUAUAGAGCAGAACAUAAAGAUCUAGAAAAACAGAUUGAAACUAAGAAAAAACUAUUAGUAUUAAAAACUCAGAUAUAUGAAGGUUUGCAAGAAAGUGUUAAGAGUAUCAAGGAAAGGAAAUUAAUAAAGAAAAAAAUUAUUGCCUUGAAGCAGAAAAAGGCAUGGAUACUGUAUGACACAAAACGUAGACAUUUACUUAAGUUAAAAAAGAAAAAAGAAAGUGCAGCAGCAGAAAUGGUAUCUUUAGAUGCAGAAUUGAAACCUACUAAUGAAGCAAUAGAAAGAAUAAAAUCAGAAAUCCAUUUACUCAAAAACUCCAUAACAGAUCAUAAUUAUAAAAUUAAAAUCAAAACUACGAAACUUAAAAAGAUGAUGGACGAUAUUUUAGAGUGUGAAAAUAAUAUUAGAGAAUCCGAAAACGGGUGCAAGCAAAGGAUUCAAAUAGAAGAAGCCCGAGAUCACGAUAUUGACCUUGCACAACAGCAAAAAAACAAACUUGAUAAUGAUUUAUUAUUAAUGUUGAAAGAUAUUGGAUCUGAGGAAACUUUAACGAAACAACGGCAAGAAAUAUUAUCAAACAUAGAAAACAAGAGAAAUAUCAUUAACAUGCUAACAAGUAAAAGCUUAGGAUUAAAACAGGAACAGGAGAGCUUAAAUCUUGAAAUCAGAGCCCAAGAAGCAGAGCUACAAUUUCAUAAUGUUGAAACCAAACGAUUACAAUUGCUUAGAGAGAAAAGUCAAGAUACAUAUAAAGCAGUACAAUGGUUAAGGGAAAAUCGUAACAAAUUUUCCGGCAUAGUACACGAACCAAUAUUGCUUAACAUAAAUGUAAAAGACGCAUCAUACGCAAAAUAUUUAGAAAAUAUCAUUGCAUUCCGCGAUUUAAUAGCAUUCGUUUGCGAAGAUAAAAGAGAUAUGAAUAUGCUACUAUCUUACUUGAGAGACGAACAGAAAUUACAAGUAAACGCCGUACAUUCUGAUCCUACAAAACAGGUUCCUAUGGAGCCGAACGUUCCAUUGGAACGUAUCGAACAAUUUGGUUUUACUCACUAUUUAGUAUCGCUAAUCGAAGCACCGAGUACCAUUAUGAAAUAUUUAGUAGGCAUGUAUGAUUUAAAUAAUAUACCCAUAGGAACCAAUCAUGUCGAUGAUAACAUUGAUCAUAUACCUAACAAUAUACGUUGCUAUUUUAGUCGAAAUAGCGUGUAUGUAGUAAAUAGAUCAAAGUACACGGGUGAAAAGUCUAUUAGAAUGCAACCAGUAUCGAGUUCAGGAAUGUUAUCUAUUGUAAUAAAUAAAAGAAAACUGAUAAACAUUGAACAAAAGUUGGGAGAAUUACAGGAGAGGAAGAGCAACGCGCUCAACAAAUUAAAGAAAACAGACGAGGAAAUAUACGAACAAAACACGGAGUUAGAGAAAUACAGAGUCGAUAGAAACAAGUACCAACAAGAUCUGCAAAAAAUACAAACACUAAAAUCUAGAAUAUCUAUGGUUGAGAAAAAAAUCUCGAGUUUGCAGAACGAACGAACCAGUAUUGACAAAAUAAAAGAAUCUAGUACAAAUAAUAUAAAGAUGAUUUUAGAUAGACAGUUCAAGAUUUAUAGAGCAUACAACGCAGAAUUGGAAGAGAGUUUUGCGAACAUUACAGCUAGUGAGGAAAGCGAAUUGGCGUUAAAGAUGAAAAAACGAUCGUUGAGAAUAAAAAUAAACGAUUCGCAGGAUUUAAGAGAGAAACUUAAAGCAGCGGAAGGCAAAGUGAAACAACUUAGCCAGGAAUUACAGCCAAUGAAAACCGAAGUACAAAAAAUGUACAAUGAAGCAUUAGAAACUACCAAUGGUAUUAAUCCAUCUGAGAAAGGUUUUGAACCCAUAAAUAAAGUAUUCAUCAAGUUACCACCCACCAUAGAAGAAAUUAACAAUGAACUGAAUAUCGCGCAAGCAAAAGUGUUUUGCAUGGCAAACAAUGUAGAUGGUGAAAAUGUAUUGCGUGAAUACGAGGAAGUAGAAAAAGAUAUUCAUCACUUGAAGGAUUUCAUACAGAAAACAACGCAUGACAUAGAAACGAUUGGACGAAAUAUAGAAACGUUGAAAGAGGAAUGGUUAACACCUUUGUCGAAUACUAUUGAAAAAAUUAAUUCGAAUUUCAGUAUGUACUUCUCAGCGAUGGAUUGUGCCGGUGAAGUUACAUUGGCGCAACCGGAAAAUAAUAUGGACUUUGAUCAGUAUGGCCUAAAAAUUAAGGUGAAAUUCAGAGAUGCUGAUCAGUUACAAGAAUUAACGAGACAUCACCAAAGUGGUGGAGAAAGAGCCGUUACUACUGCCAUUUACAUGAUUUCUCUUCAAGAACUAUCAACAGUACCUUUCCGAUGUGUAGAUGAAAUUAAUCAGGGUAUGGACGCAAUAAAUGAAAGGAGGGUAUUUAAUUUACUUGUAAAAAUGACAGAAAGAUCGGAUAGUUCUCAGUAUUUUUUACUCACGCCAAAGCUAUUACCUGACUUACAGUACUCAGAAACAGUAACGGUGCAUUGCGUAUUCAACGGACCAUUUAUGAUCAAUCACACGGAAUUUGAUACGGAGGAAUACUGCAAAACCGUUCUUAAAACAUUGGAAAAGGAGAGUGAUGAGGAUGACUAA